AUGUCAUUAAGACAAAGACUAUUAUUACCAAUCAUUAGAAUGUCUUCCACUAGUUCCAAAGUUAAUCAACCAAAAUGGUACAAACCUUCUAGUCCAACUCCAGAGGAAACUGUGGUUUUGAAAUUGUACAACACAUUAACUCGUUCCAAAGAAGAAUUCAUUCCAAUAUCGAAAAAUAAAAAUGUCACUUGGUAUUCUUGUGGUCCAACCGUAUAUGAUUCUUCUCAUAUGGGCCAUGCAAGAAAUUAUGUUUCCAUAGAUAUCAAUAGAAGAAUCUUACAAGAUUAUUUUGGGUAUAAUAUCAAUUUUGUGCAAAACGUUACAGAUAUUGAUGAUAAAAUUAUCAUUAGAGCAAGACAAAAUUAUUUAUUUGAAAAUUUCAUGGAACAACACUCUUCAAUUUCACAAAAAUUAUUGGAUUAUAUCAAUUCUGCAUUAUUCAAUUAUAUUAAUUCUAACUUAAACGAUUCUAUCAAGACAAUUCCAGAUUUCCAAACUUGGGUUUCAAAUUUAAAUAAAGAAGAAGAAAAAAUGAAAAAUCCCAAAUUCCCCAUGCAUUUGACCGCUUCUGAAAAUGCUAUCAUAGCUUUAUCAAGGGAGUCUAUUCCAAUUGAAGAAUUCUUUAAGUUGGUUAAAGAUGUUACUGUCCCAUUAUUAGAUUCAGAAUUUGGUUCCACUAUUAAUGAUCCAGAAGUAUUUAAAAAAUUACCUGCUUAUUGGGAAAGACAAUUUGAUAGAGAUAUGUCCAGAUUAAAUGUAUUACCACCUACUUUAACUACAAGAGUUUCCGAAUAUGUUCCUGAAAUUAUUACCUUUGUGGAAAAAAUCAUUGCCAAUGGGUAUGCUUAUCCAAGUGAUGAUGGUUCUGUUUAUUUCGAUACUGUUAAAUUCGAUGCUUCUCAAAAUCAUGAUUAUGCUAAAUGUCAACCUUGGAAUAAAGGUCAAUUAGAUUUGAUUAACGAUGCAGAAGGGUCUUUAACUAAUUUUGCUACUGGUAGUAAAAAAUCUCCAAAUGAUUUUGCUCUUUGGAAAAAUUCUAAGCCAGGUGAACCUGAAUGGGUUUCUCCUUGGGGUAAAGGUAGACCUGGUUGGCAUAUUGAAUGUUCUGUCAUGGCUAGUGAUAUUCAUGGUGAAUCCUUUGAUAUUCAUUCAGGUGGUAUCGAUUUAGCAUUCCCUCAUCAUGAUAAUGAAUUGGCUCAAAGUGAAGCUCAUUUCGAUUAUCAUCAAUGGGUCAAUUAUUUUUUACAUACUGGUCAUUUACAUAUUGAAGGUCAAAAGAUGUCUAAAUCCUUGAAAAAUUUUAUUACUAUAGAAGAAGCUUUGAAAACUUACUCUCCAAGACAAUUAAGAUUAUGUUUUGCCUCAGUUCAAUGGAAUAAUCAAUUAGAUUUUAAAGAAAGUUUGAUUAACGAAAUUAAAUCUACUGAAACCACUUUUAACAAUUUCUUUAUGAAUAUUAGAGCCUUUAAUAACGAUUAUAAACAUAUGAUGGAAACUUCUUUAGAAGGUGGUAAUAUAUCUAAAAAAUUAUCUACUAUGGAAAAGGAUUUAAUGUCAUAUUUAUUUGAAACUGAAAAAAAUGUUCAUACUGCAUUCUGUGAUAAUUUAUCUACUCCACAAGUGAUGAAACACCUAUUAGAUUUAGUCACUGUAACAAAUAAUUAUAUUACUAAAAUUGGUAAAGAUUGGAAAAUUGAACCUUUAAUGGCUAUUAUUAAAUAUAUUACCAAGAUUCUAGGAAUUAUUGGGUUUGAAAUUCGUUCUGAUGGUUUAGGUUGGGCUUCCACUUCAUCCUCUUCCACUGCUACUUCUAACUCCUCUACUGAAGAAAUUAUAAUGCCUUACGUUAAAGUCUUGUCUAAAUUUAGAGAUGAUGUUCGUUCCAUGUCAAUUAAUAAAACCCCAUAUCAAGAAUUUUUAAAAUUAACAGAUGUAUUAAGAGAUGUUGACUUAUUAAAUUUAAAUAUUGCUAUUGAUGAUAGAAAUAAUCAAUCUUCAUUAGUUAAAUUUUUAACAGAUGAAGAAAAGUUAAAAUUAAUAAAAUUUAAUGAAGAAAAGGAAAUAAAAGAAAAAUUGAAAAUGGAAAAAAAAUUACAACAACAAAAAUUAAAUGAAGAAAAGGAAAGAUUAAGAGCUGAAAAGGCCAAGAUCUCACCAAAGGAUAUGUUUAAAACUAAUGAAAAUUUCAGUGCAUGGGAUGAAGAUGGAUUACCAACAAAGGAUAAAGAUGGGAAUGAUGUAACUAAAUCAAUGUUGAAAAAAUUGAAAAAACAAUGGGAAGCUCAAAGGAAGUUGUAUGAAGAAUAUAAUAAAUAA